GAGAGGCAGAGAGAGAGAGAGAAUCCUAAUCCUCCCUCUCAGUGAAGAGCCUGAGGCAAGACUCGAUCUCAGGAACCAUGAGAUCAUGACCUGAGCUGAAAUCAAGAAUUGGUCACUUGGGCACUAGGCGGAGGCCACUGCACAGAUCGGACUUCGCUUGCUUGUGCACCUCCUUUGCAACUAUGACUGACAAACCUGAUAUGGCUGAGAUUGAGAAAUUUGAUAAGUCUAAACUGAAGAAGACAGAAACGCAAGAGAAAAAUCCACUGCCUUCAAAAGAAACGAUUGAACAGGAGAAGCAAGCAGGCAAAUCGUAAUGAGGCAUGCGCCACCAGUAUGCACUGCACAUUCCACAAGCAUUGCCUUCUUAUUUUACUUCUUUUAGCUGUUUAACUCUGUAAGAUGCAGGGAGGUUGGAUCAAGUUUAAAUGACUGUGCUGCCCCUUGCCACAUUGAGAACUACUGACAAACAAAGGCGCCUACCUCUCCCAUGUGCUUGUCUGACUGGCAGCAAAGGAAAAGAACUUGCAUGUUGGUGAAGGAAGAAGCUGGGUGGGAGGACCAGAGAAAUCUAAAAAACAAGCUGGUUCAAGGUGUCCUACAGUCUGUAAAAUGCAGUUUAAUCAGAGUGCCAUUUUUUUGUUCAAAUGAUUUUAAUUAUUGGAAUGCACAAUUUUUUUUAGUAUGCGAAUAAAAAGUUUUAAAACCUG